AUGGAGGCAAUUGCCACCAAAACUAAUGAUUCUAGAAUAGUACUCCAAUUCCUUAGGCGAAAUAUUUUCACUAGAUAUAGCACUACUAGGGAAAUCAUUAGUGAUGGAGGAAAGCAUUUUUGUAACCACCAAUUUAAUGCCCUCUUAAAGAAAUAUGGAGUCAUACACAAGGUAGCUACUCCUUACUAUGCCGAAACUAGUGGUCAAGUAGAGGUCUCUAAUAGAGAGCUAAAACGAAUUUUCAAAAAGAUUGUUAGUGCCUCUAGAAAAGAUUGGGCAAGAAAGUUAGACGAUGCUUUAUGGGCAUAUAGGAUAGCCUUUAAAACACCUAUAGGUGCUAAACGUCUUUUGCAGGUGAGUGAGCUAGAUGAAUUUUGUCAUUGGGCAUACGAGAGUGCUAGUUUAUACAAGGAGAAGACAAAGAAAUGGCAUGAUAGGCACAUUGUGAAAAAGGAGUUCGAGCUAGGAUAA